CUCAACGUUUACGUGAAGUGCAAAGUAGCAUUAAUCAAAUUGAUGGCGAUUUUAUUCAAAGUCCUCUUGAUCUUAUAACAGAUAUAAAAACGAGAUGGAAUUCUAUCUAUUUGGUGUGGAAGCGUGUUUUAGAAUUACAUAAUUCUAUAAGAUCUGUUUCUACUUCUCUUCUUUUAAAAACAGAUCAUACUUCCCAAAAAGAAGAUGAAAAACUAAAACGCCUUUGCUUAUCAGUUGCAGAAAAAAAAUUUUUACAAGAAGUUGUAAAAUUAUUAGAACCGAUCGAAGUU